AUGAAGUUCUUAUCUUUGCUUGUGCUCCCUGCUGUGCGAGCCUACCUGGUGGCACCCCCCGGUGUUGCCGCUCCUGGAACCACUGAAGACUGCAGUGAAUGGGUCGCAUAUUCGGAUGAUCUUAACUGUCCUAUCAUCGAGGCAGAUUAUGGUCUAACACCGAGCCAGUUUGAGACAUGGAAUCCCGUCGUUAUGGAGCUGGGAAGCACCUGUACUCUAAUCGGGGGCCUAGAUUACUGCGUCCAGAUCAACUUUGGAGGAUCGAGCACAUCAUCAUCGACAGCCAGCUCAACUGCGUCAGCCACCUCGUCAACUACAACCAGCUCAUCGAUCGCCACUACAACCACCAGCACAGCUACUACCUUUAGCACGACAACCUCCGGUGACGGUAUCUCGACUCCCACUCCCUACCAGACAGGAAUGGCGUCCAAUUGCGAUAAGUUCUAUCUAGUUCAAAGCGGAGAUGAGUGUGGUACUAUUGCAUCCAGCGAAGGCAUCAGCCUAGAUGAUUUCUAUGCCUGGAAUCCAGCAGUUGGAACAAACUGCUCUGCUCUAGACCUAGGUGAUUAUGUUUGUGUCGAUAUUAUUGGAGUCACACCAAGUGUUACUACCACUACUGCUGCCUCUACAACUGCCACCGCGGCAACGACAACAACAUCUGGAGAUGGGAUUACAACCCCUACACCAUAUCAAACCGGAAUGGCGUCUGAUUGCGAUAAAUUCUACCUUGUGGAAAGCGGAGAUGAAUGCGGUACUAUUGCAUCAGAUGAAGGCAUUACUCUUGAUGAAUUCUAUGACUGGAAUCCAGCCGUUGGCACAAACUGUUCGUCCUUGGAUCUAGGUUAUUAUGUCUGUGUCGAUGUUAUUGGCGUAACAGCAAGUGCUACUACCACUGCUACUACAACCACAUCCGGAGAUGGCAUUACAACCCCUACACCGCAUCAAACAGGAAUGGUAUCUGACUGUGACAAGUUCUACUUGGUUCAAAGUGGAGAUAACUGUUACAGCAUUGCCGAGGACAAUGGCAUAUCACUGGACGACUUCUACGAUUGGAAUCCAGCUGUUGGGACAGGAUGCGCAUCUCUAGAUCUAGGCGAUUAUGUCUGUGUUGAUGUUGUUGGGGUCACACCAAGUGCCACUACGACUACUGCUACUGCUACAACAACAGCUGCUGGUGACGGCAUCACAACUCCUACACCAUACCAAACCGGCAUGGUGACUGACUGUGACGAGUUCUACUUGGUUAAAAGCGGAGAUAGUUGCGACACCAUCGCUACAGACUAUGAUAUCUCACUAGACGAGUUCUAUGACUGGAACCCAGCGGUUGGAACAGAAUGUUACUAUCUGGACCUAGGUUACUAUGUCUGUGUCGGCAUUUCCUCAUAA